AUGGCGGCGGGGGGAGGGGGAGGAGGCGGCCGGGGGAGCAGCAGCGGAGCGAAGAUGGGGGGCAGGACUGGGGGGACCGGAGGAGGAGGAGGAGGGGGCGCGGUGGCGGCGCCUGCUUCCGAAAAGCUUCCAGUCCACGUAGAAGAUGCCCUCUCUUACCUGGAUCAAGUGAAGAUCCGUUUUGGUAGUGACCCCGCCACAUAUAACGGUUUCUUGGAAAUCAUGAAGGAGUUUAAGAGCCAGAGCAUUGACACUCCAGGUGUCAUCAGACGUGUUUCUCAGCUGUUCCACGAACACCCGGACCUCAUCAUCGGCUUCAACGCUUUCUUGCCCCUGGGUUACCGAAUAGAGAUUCCAAAGAACGGGAAGCUGAAUGUCCAGUCACCUCUCACUGGCCAGAUAUCCCUGGAGCCAGUUCAGAACCCUCUCUCUGGCAGCAGUCUGAUGCUGCAUUACUGCCAGGAGAACACCCACAACCAUGGCGACUGCCCAGAGGAUUUCCGCCAGCAGCAACAGCCCUGCAAGGAUGAUAAAGUUCAGAUGCCCCUGGAAUCCGAUUCAGUGGAGUUCAACAAUGCCAUAAGUUAUGUGAAUAAAAUCAAGACCCGGUUUCUUGACCACCCUGAAAUCUAUCGUUCCUUCUUGGAGAUCCUUCACACAUAUCAGAAGGAGCAGCUAAGCACAAAAGGCCGCCCCUUUCGAGGCAUGUCGGAAGAGGAGGUCUUCACUGAAGUGGCAAAUCUUUUCAGGGGCCAGGAAGAUCUUCUGUCUGAGUUUGGACAGUUCCUUCCGGAGGCAAAGAGGUCUUUGUUUACAGGGAAUGGGCCAUGUGAUGCCAACAGUAUCCCCAAAAUGGAUCAUGAGAAACAUCUGGAAAACAGUAAGAAGCGGUCCAGGUCUCUGUUGCUCCGUCCUGGGCCCAGCCCAGCCAAGAAAAAGAUGAAGCUGCGUGGGACCAAGGACCUCUCCGUCGCGACCGUGGGCAAAUACGGCACUUUGCAGGAGUUUUCUUUCUUUGACAAGGUACGCCGAGUCCUCAAGAGCCAAGAAGUCUACGAGAACUUCCUCCGCUGCAUUGCUCUCUUCAACCAAGAGCUGGUCUCUGGCUCUGAGUUGCUUCAGCUGAUCACACCCUUUUUGGGGAAAUUCCCCGAACUCUUUGCUCAGUUCAAGUCAUUCCUGGGAGUGAAGGAGCUGUCUUUUGCCUCCCCAAUGAGUGAUCGCUCCGGGGAUGGGAUGUGCCGGGAAAUUGACUAUGCUUCCUGCAAGCGUAUCGGUUCCAGCUACAGAGCCCUCCCCAAGACUUACCAGCAACCCAAAUGCAGUGGCAGGACAGCUAUUUGCAAGGAGGUGCUAAAUGACACCUGGGUCUCCUUCCCAUCUUGGUCCGAAGACUCAACCUUUGUCAGCUCAAAGAAAACUCCUUAUGAGGAGCAGCUACAUCGGUGUGAAGAUGAACGCUUCGAGCUGGAUGUUGUCUUAGAGACCAACUUGGCGACCAUCCGUGUCUUAGAAAGUGUGCAGAAAAAACUGACCCGCAUGUCGCAGGAGGAUCAAGAGAAGUUCCGGUUGGACGACUGCCUUGGUGGCACGUCAGAAGUGAUCCAGCGCCGGGCCAUCUACCGCAUCUACGGUGACAAAGCCCCAGAGAUCAUUGAGAGCCUCAAGAAGAACCCUAUCACUGCCCUUCCUGUUAUCCUGAAGAGGCUGAAGGCCAAGGAAGAAGAGUGGCGAGAAGCUCAGCAGGGCUUCAACAAGAUCUGGCGAGAGCAGUAUGAGAAGGCCUACCUGAAGUCUCUUGACCACCAGGCUGCAAACUUCAAGCAGAACGACACGAAAGCCUUGCGCUCCAAGAGCCUGCUGAAUGAGAUUGAGAGCGUCUACGAUGAGCACCAGGAGCAACACUCGGAAGGGAGGGGAGCCACUAACGAGCCGCAUCUCAUCUUUGUCUAUGAAGACAAGCAGAUCCUGGACGACGCAGCUGCCUUAGUCAGCUACUAUGUGAAACGGCAACCCACCAUCCAGAAGGAGGACCAGGCUACUAUUCGACAGAUUGUCCAUCACUUCAUCCCGGACCUGUUUUUCUCCCAGAUGCCCGAGCACCCAGUUCCCGAAGAGUUGCCCACCGAGGAAAAGGGGAGCCCCAAGGCUCACCCGGACAAAGGGAGUCUGGAAAGCAUUGUGCCUUCCGCUCGUUCCCACCUUACCCUGGACAACGUCUACACCCUCUUCUUUGCCAACAACAACUGGUACUUCUUCCUUCGCCUUCAUCAGACUCUUUGCUCGCGGCUCCUCAAGAUUUACCGUCAGGCACAGAAGCAGCUGCUGGAGUAUCGGACAGAAAAAGAGAGAGAGAAGCUACUGUGCGAAGGCCGGAAGGAGCGGGCCAAUGACCCCGCCAUGGAGCUGAGGCUGAAGCAACCGAGUGAAGUGGAGCUGGAGGAAUAUUACCCAGCUUUCCUAGACUUGGUGAGGAAUUUGCUGGAUGGCAACAUUGACCCCACUCAAUAUGAGGACACCUUGAGAGAGAUGUUCACCAUCCAUGCCUACAUUGGUUUUACCAUGGACAAGCUUGUACAAAACAUUGUCCGACAGCUGCAUCACUUGGUGAGUGAUGAUGUCUGUCUGAAAGUUGUGGAGCUGUAUCUGAGCGAGCGAAAGCACGGCGCGGCUGGUGGCAAUCUGUCUUCGCAAUGUGUACGAGCUGCAAAGGAGACCAGCUACCAGUGGAAGGCGGAACGUUGCAUGGCCGAUGAGAACUGCUUCAAGGUGAUGUUCCUUCAAAGGAAGGACCAAGUGAUCAUGACCAUUGAACUUUUGGACACAGAAGAGACUCAAACUGAAGACCCCACGGAAGUCCAGCAUUUGACUAAUUAUGUGGAGCAGUAUGUGGGAGUGGAAGGGACCCCGAGCAGUCAGAAUGAAGGCUUCCUCUUAAAGCCGGUCUUUCUGCAGAGGAACCUUGACAAAUUCCGGCGAUGGCAGUGCCAGCAGAUCCAGGCCAUGCGUGACAAAGCGAAAAGCUCCUGGAAGCAGCUGAUCGGUGUGGAGAGUGCCUGUAAUGUGGACUGCAAGUUCAAGUUGAACACACACAAGAUGCUCUUCAUCAUGAACGCUGAAGACUACAUGUACCGUCGGGGAGCGCUGUCUCGAGCCAAACAGGCGGCCCCUCGAGUCUUGCUGCGGCAUCACCAGCGCUUUGAAGAGUGGCACCGGCGCUGGCUUGCAAGGCACGUCAACCGAGAAGCAGCCGAGAUGGUCCAGGACUGGCUGAUGGGCGAUGAGGAUGAGGACCUGCUGCCCUGCAAGACCACUUGUGAGACUGUCAGUAUACACGGGGUGCCUGUCAACCGCUACCACGUGCAGUACAGCCGCCAGCCUUCCUCGCCCUGA